AUGAGGGGUCAGCACCUGGUGUGCGAGGAGUCGCGCGUCCGCUCCCGACCUGCCCCAGUGGCGGCAGUGCCGGCUGAGCGAUGUGGCGGGCCGGGUCCCCCUCCCCUCACGAGGGCGGCCGCUCGCCGCGGCUGCAGGAAGCACAGCGCGGCCCGGCUGGCAGUCCAGUGUGCGGCCGUCUCGCCGCCGACACCGACUGCCGGCAACAAGCAGCAAACAGCCAGCAGCGCCAUGCUGACGCCGCUGCUACCGCUGACAGCCGCCGCGGCGCUUCUGCUGACACCCGCCGCCCGCUCCGCGCCUGCAUGGCUGCAAGGCUCGGACCAGUUAAGGUGCCUCUGCACGACUCCUCACUGCCGGCAGAAUGGGCGCAACUUCUGCCUGACGAGCAACAAGUGCUACACGCAGUUUCUCUACAAGGGCGAUGGUUCAGACCCCGUCAGCUGGGGAUGCAUCACAAGCAGCACGCCGCUGCUGUGCGAGAACCGGAGGCCGGCCAAAGUGCCGAGAGACCGCUGGCCCUACCUGGAGUGCUGUGACGAGGAGCACCUCUGCAACCGCGCCCCGCUCAUGCGGCCGCCAACCGCCUGGCUCGCCGAGGUACGAGCCGGAGCCGCGAACAACUCCAGCAGCGGCAAGGCCGGCAGCGGGCGACAGCGUAAGAAGCACCAGCUGCAGCAGCUGCUGCGACGCGAGUCCGAUGGAGAGGUUAUCCGCCGCCAGCGGCUGGAGGAGGAGGGGGAGAAUGAGAGGGAAGGAGAGGGGGAGGCGGGCGACGCGGGGGCGGUGGCGGCGGCGGCAGCGGCGGCGGCGGCGGCGGCGGCCGGCGGCCAGGUGGAGGCGCCGCCCCUCAUCUGCCCCCGCGGCGCCAUGGUGGCGCAGCCGCUCGUCGUCGCCGUCACCCUCACCGGCCUCGUGCUGCUCUUCGCGGUGCUCGGCUGUGGCUUCCGCAUGCUCUGCCAGCAGAGCCGGUACCUAAAAGAAGUAUGUCCAAACCGUGGUUACGAGAAGGCCUUAGCAGCGUCGACUUCGGCAGCAGCAGUAACAGAGGUUACGGAGAAGAGCGUCACAGGCGAUGCGGAUGAAAAUGGACACGACGACGCAGAACCGGGCGCUGGCCGCGCCACACCCACCGAGGAACGUCGAGAAGACACGUGACAAUCAGAAGGCAGUCCCACUUUUGUCUCUGCGCAUGCGCAGUUCUGCUGAACAACUGAAGUUCUAACGACUGGAGCUGUUUAACGCCAAAAGGAAGCCUGCUAUACUGAUUAUUCCAACUGCAGUGGACCAUGUCUGUUAUGAAGUCAUUCCUGUGAUUAGGUCUGUUAAGUACUGAUAUUUUUGUCACUAAACUUGUAUGAUAAUGAAAUAAUCUGUAGUAAAUAGACCUACAGACCUGAGUCUUGACGUCAGUCAGUCCAUACUCAUGUGUGGCAAAUGAACUACAAGUCUAUUAAUUUCAUGUAUUUCUUCACAAUAUUUUCUCAGCUCCAUUUUUUAACAAAACUGUGGAUGGCCCUUGAAUUCAGCAUAGAUAACAUGUUUAAUGUGUUUAAGAAAUUGUCAGCGACUUUUGAAAUAACACAAAUUAGCAACUCAGCUCACACCUUCUUACAUUUUGUACCAAGUAUUAUAAUAUUGUUUGACGUGUAUGCUAUUAUAGUUUAUGUAGUGUUUUGACUCUCUAGUCAUAGUGGUAGUGACAACAAAUGAGUGUUUCUAAAUUUCUUCUAUGUGCUACUAUACGCUAACUAAGUUGACACUUGGCGCAGCAGUUGAUGGGAGCGACUGUAAAGGUAUUUCCCAUUUAAAAUCGCUCUCAUCAGCCACCAUGCUAAGUGUCAACUUUUUGCUUGAAUUUUAUGAUGUUCCUCUCAGCAUCCGAAUUUUAUGUUUCAUGCCUGCAGUGCACUGGAAUCAGCUUUCAAUUUCGAUUUUGUAGCUAUACCUUAAUGACUAGGUUGUCUGCUUUAACUUUGGAUGUAAACUGUUGUACAGUAGGUUACACUAAAAAAAAUCCAUUCUAAAACAUAAAAACGUAGAUACAUUUCGAUGUAACUCGUCUGUGAAAAAUUGUAGAUAAGAAGCACCUGUAAUAAAUUAUUUCUUCUUUCUUA